AUGCAGGACAUUUAGACAUAGUUGGUGUUUUAUUAAUUACAUUGUUUAUUUGUUCAAAUUAUGAUAACAGCAAAAUUUAUUUUUGUUUAUCCUCUAUUAUGUACAUGUUACUGUAAUUGUUGCAGUGGUUAAGCGAAAUGUUAGUCAUUAAUUUGAUUAGUAAUACAUGCACAGUUUGUUGGGUUUACAUAUUUGACAUUUGCAAUUGCAUGAAUUCUUGUAGACUAUUAUCACUUCCACAUCAACCACACAUUUUAAUGAUUAAUUUCGAAAUAAUAAAGAUUUACAUGUGCCAUACCAACAUUUAUAUUAGUGUUUGAAUAUGAGUAGGCGUGGCUUUUUCUCUUCUCAUUAGGAAGAGACCCUACCCAGACUACCCUGUUGAUUUGGGAAGAAAUAUCCUUAAAUAGCUGUUUUGGGAUAUGAACAAGCUAGCAUGAAUUUGAUUUAGAGAAAAUGUUUGAUAUUAAAGAAAUUCAUUGAAAAGAGGCCUUUAAUCAGACUCAUUUAUAAUCAAUGGAAAAGCUAUUUUAGGAGUAUUUUCCGAAAGCCUCUGUAAAGUUUGUAUAUUUUAGUUGUAUUGCAUGUAACUUCGCAUUUGUAGAAUUCAAAGGAAAUUAGUUCAUUGAUUUUCUUCAGUUAAACGUCAAUAAACUCUCAAACGCUGAUUUUUAUUUUGUAUGGUUUUAUGAUAAUUUGUCAAUUGUUCCUUAUCAGAUGAUUCAGCUGUCAAACUUGAUUGUAGGGAGCAUGAAACGUGUGAAUAACUCUGUCACCUGUUUAUAAUACCAAUGUUUACUUUUUUGUAUUAACUGUCUGAGUCACUAAAUAAUGCUUGCACAUACAAGUGUUUUUCAUCCACAACAAGGAUAAGUGGCACAGACAUUGAUAACACUUAAAAGAUGGUUGAUUGAUCCACUGUUUGUUAUGGUCAGGUUAACUAACAAUUGCAGCCAUGAGCACUACAACUUCGAUGUUUGAUCUGAACUCAAGUGGAACUACCCUUGCCUUUAACCUUACCAAUGGAACCACGACUACUGAGGCCCCUUCUAAGAGCCUUGCAGAUUUCUGGAUUGGCCUCAUCCUAGCAGUUAGCUCAAGCUUCUUCAAUGGCUCAAGCUUUAUUUUCCAGAAGGUUGGCUUGAAAAGUAUGCGCAAAAAAGACGGAGCUACCACAGCCAGUGCAGGUGGCCACAGAUAUCUUCUAGAGUGGAAAUGGUGGCUCGGAAUGCUUAUGAUGGCUCUGGGUGAAGGAUGUAACUUUGUGGCCUUCACGUUUGCCCCAGCAACAUUGGUGACCCCUUUAGGGGCUCUCAGUGUUAUCUUUUGUGCGAUCCUGGCGUCCCGGUUCCUGAAGGAGCAUCUCAACCUGCUGGGCAAAGCCGGUUGCCUGCUGUGUGUGCUGGGCUCCACAGUCACAGUGGUGCACUCGCCCAAGACUGCCCAGAUACAACACAUGUCUGAGCUCCUUGACAAGGUCAAACAACCAGCCAUCCUGACUGUUGUGGGGGUGUUCAUACUUGUGGCCAUAGUGGCUAUUGUAGUCCUGGCGCCACGAUGGGGCGAGAAGAAUGUUGCUGUGUACGUGUUCAUCUGCUCGGUUCUUGGGGCUCUCACCGUGACAGGGGCCAAAGGGUUCGGAGUGGCCCUUAAUCAGACUUUUAAGGGAGACCAGCAGUUUACAAACUGGCUUACUUAUGUCAUGCUUGGCGUGGUCAUAGUAGACAUUUUGUUUCAGCUGCAUUUCUUGAAUAAGGCAUUGGACUUGUUCAACACUGCAAUCGUUACUCCUACGUACUAUGUCAUGUUCACAACAGCAGUGGCUAUUCUUUCGUUGACUCUUUAUCAGGAAUUUAACUCGCUCAGUGUAUUUGACAUCAUUGGUAAUGUGUGCGGCUUUCUUAUUAUAGUCGUUGGCAUAUUUUUGUUGAACGCCUUCAAAGACAUGGACAUAACGCUGAAGAAUUUACCGAAGGCAAAGAAGCCUAGCACAGAUGUGAAUGUUUUAGACGGCACAAAAAUGCCAGCAAUUAAGCGUGACAAUGAUCUGUUUCUGGAAUUGAAUGAAAAUGAAAGCGAAGAUGAGGAUGAAGACUUGUUACAGUGUCACGACAGUCCAGUUUUUGUAGUAGACGAUCCACUUGAUAUGGAUGCCAUUGAUUUCAGGACUCCACGUCGAAAGUUUUUUGCGGGAAAAAAUGGUCAUGUCUCCAAUGGCCAUGUCUCCAAUGGCCAUGUGGACCAUUUGCAUUUUGAUUUAGAGAAAUAUAUGGUUAGUGCAGAAGUUACACAUUUUUAAAUGGUUAUAAUUGUUUAUGUUUUGAUUUUUUAUGUCUGUUGAUGAUAAAAGCAUUCAUGUUAAGAUGAUAAAAAUAGUUUGUAGUAUUAAUCAUGACUGUAGUACAUGUAGCUACUCAAGAUUGGUAUGUAAUUAUAGCUCUAUAAAAAAAGUAUACCGGUAUAGCAAUGUAUUAUGACUGUUAGAUGUUUGAUACAGUACUCUAUGCACUUCUUUCUGUGAUAAAAGCAGUAUAUUUCAUUAAGAGAAUAAGGUUUAUCAGAUGAAUAUGAAGAUGUGAUCUUUUUGAUCAGUAAUACAUACACUGCAAUUUUAUUAGCUGGGCUGUUUUCAGAGAAAACCCAAGGUAUUGUCAUAGCCAGCUUGUCGCUGCAGUAGGGGUCGUGCUAAAACCUUAAAAUCAAAGUGCUUCCACCUACAACUUUGAAACUUCAUAUGUAGAUGCACCUUGAUGAGUUCUACAAGCCACACCCAUUUUUGGGUCACUAGGUCAAAGGUCAAGGUCACUGUGACCUCUAAUAUAAAACUUUAACAUGGGCUCUAAAAUCAAAGUGCUUCCACCUACAACUUUGAAACUUCAUAUGUAGAUGCACCUUGAUGAGUUCUACACGCUACACCCAUUUUUAGGUCACUAGGUCAAAGGUCAAGGUCACUGUGACCUCUAAAAAAUUUUUAACAUAGGCUCUAAAAUCAAAGUGAAUCCACCUACAACUUUGAAACUUCAUAUGUAGAUGCACGUUGAUGAGUUCUACAUGCCACACCCAUUUUUGGGUCAUCAGGUCAAAGGUCAAGGUCACAAUGACUUCUAAUAUAAAACUUUAACAUAAACCUCUACAUUCGCUCUAAAAUCAAAGUGCUUCCACCUACAAUUUUGAAACUUCAUAUGUAGAUGCACCUUGAUGAGUUCUACACGCCACACCCAUUUUGGGACACUAGGUCAAAGGUCAAGGUCACUGUGACCUCUAAAAAAAAAAAAUUCUGAAAAGCUUUCGCAGUCGAGCGUGGCACCCAUUAUGCGGUGCUCUUGUUGUACUUACAAUAAUAACUAUUACUUGUAGUGGUGUUAGCUUCAGAAGAGUGAUAAUUAUGUAGAUAUUGUCUAGAUUGAUAUGUUAAAAUCUGGUAUAUUUGUACCAUAAAUAAUUUUUAAAAUAACCGUCCUCCAUUUGGUUAUCAAGAAAAUCACAAGUUUUAAUAGUAAAUAAUUGUUUUUGUUUGUAUAUUAUUUUAUUUAUUAAAAUAUAUUAAAGCCACACACCUUAUCUGGCAUAGUACAUUUAAGAAUAAAUAAGAAACUUAUUUUAUCUAUGCCAAUUAGAAUAUAUCUGGUGGUUACAAGGUAGUAAUCCGUCUUUUUUACAAUUAACAACUUAAAAAUAAUCGCGUUUGUCGAAACGGACGUAUACGUCUAGAAAUCCUACUUUCGGUUUUAAAAGCGGUACCCUUUGAAAAAUAAUAAAUUAGUUGCUAACUAGGCUAUAGAUUUAUUUUUAUCUAAGCCAAUUAUAAUAUAUCUGGUGGUUACAAGGUAAAUAUUCGUGUUUUUGAGCUUUAAAACUUAAAAAUAAUCACGUUUUUUGAGAUUGACGCACACAUGUUUAGGUAUAGAAAUCCUACUUUCGGUUUUAAAAGCUGUUUGAAAAAUAAUAAAUUACUUGCUAACUAGGCGAUAGAUUUAAUGACAAUUUUGCACACUUUCAAAUUGCUUCUAUAUGUAUUGAUUAACGUGUAUUUCAUUUUAAGGUUUGUGGCUAUAAUAUAUUUUCUGAAUAAUACAUUAUAAAUUUAUAGUAUUUACAAUAUAAAGUUGCUAUUUAAUUUCUUAUUCAUGAUGUACAUGUUGUUUCUCAGGGUUGCAAAGUGAUUAAUUUCCAAAGUCUAAACAAUCGUCUGUAUAGACAAAAAUGGUCCUAUCACAUUGAAUUAAUGUGUAGAGAAGUGUAAUGAGACCAUCUUGCUGUAAAUGUGCAUUUUGUGUGGUUUUACACUAAAGUUGACACCAAUCAUGUAUGUGUACACUACAGUUGAAAUGUAAUAAUACUAUCAAUUAACCUUAUAUCAUCUGUGUUAGAAAUAGAAUUCUUUGUUUGGUAUCCUUGUUUUUUGUUACCAGUUCUUUUAAAAUUAUAUUCACAUAUUUUAGUUUGCAUUGUUGUAUUUGUAUUACAUGAUGAUUGUUAUGUAUUAUAUAGAUGUUAAUUGAACUUUGUAAAACUAUUAAAUAUAAUGAGUUUUUCUUUUGCAAUAUUAUCGUUUAAAAUGCUAUUUAGUUAGAAUCGUCAAUUAUUCUAUACACUUUUUUGUCUGCAGAAUUGGUAAGAUUAAGAUUGAGUUUGAUAUGUUUAAUACACUGUUUUCAUACAUUCAAAUUAUCCAGUGAAAAUAAUGGCAGUAUUUACAGGAAUACUUUUUAUUCAUUAUGAAUAUGUUUUGUUGCACUAUUUACAAACCCAAUCUUUGCUUAUGGGUUAUUGCCAUUCAAAAAUAGUUAUUUAUGUACAUGUAUUAUAUCACACAUGUUUUAGUUAUUGAAUUUGUUUAUUCAAAAGUUAUCAUUGACUGUAUGAAACACUCAUCUGGUUGAAAACUUUAAAAUAAUAAUGUUUUCUCAAAUAUUUAGCAUUUAAAACAUCUUGUCAUAUCAAUCAAGUUUAAAGGAAUGGGCUAAAUACCAUUUUGCUAUUUUGUAUCUUGUAAUAAAUCCUUUCUUUGGAAACUGAGUAUUAUUUUCUAUUUAUUAUAUUGUUGUUUCUUUUGUUAUUGAUCUGUUAUAUUUACUUAUUUUUUUAAUGAAUCAUAUGUUUCUUACCAGAGUGUUGUUUUAUAUAAAUAAAUAUUGGAAUUUUGAUUUUUUUAAUCAAUCUGUUAUUUUCACUUUUUUAUUUUGGUGUCAGUAGGGUGACAUAUAGCAGUCGAACUGGCAGUCCGUCUGUCUGUCUGUGUGUCCGUCCAAAAACUUUAACAUUGGCCAUAACUUUUGCAAUAUUGAAGAUAGCAGCUUGAUAUUUGGCAUGCAUGUGUAUCUCAUGAAGCUGCACAUUUUGAGUGGUGAAAGGUCAAGGUCAUGAUCAUCCUUUAAGGUCAAAGGUCAAAGAACAAAAUCCAAGGGAAGUAACAAGCUUUGAAGGGAGAUAAUUUCUAUUUUAUAUCAUUUGAAAGGUACAGAUCAUUUUCACAAGGGAAGUAAUAUUUUUUUUUAAGGAUAUAAUCAAAAACAAAUUUUAAGGUCAAUGUCAUCCUUCAAGGUCAAAAGUCAAAAAAUACAAUCCAAUGGAAGUAAUGAGCUAUAAAAGGGAGAUAAUUUCUAAACCUGCCAAAUGAUAUAUUGAAAU